CUUGAGGUGGGUUCGACCAGUCCGGCUCAAACAGUGCGCCAGGCCUGAGGUAAGGAGGUUUUGCAAUAAGUUUCUCCACUCAUCUCUAGUACGUGAUUUAAUUCAAGGAGAUGAGAUACCCUUUCAAGAACCUCACCAAUGUGGUGGACAAUAACAAGAAGGAGGAUAUCAGGAGUAUUCGGGAAUGGCUGAAGCACCAGCCACAUCUUCCAAGUAUUUCAGAUGAAUUUAUAAUGCUGUUCCUGCACUGUAAUUAUUUCAGCCUCGACAGGACCAAAGUGACUAUUAACUCAUAUUUCACAGUUAGAGCUGAAAACAAAGACCUCUUUACCAAAUGGGAAGUUGAUGAAUUCGACUACGAAACUUAUGAAUUAGCUCCAAUCCCAAAAAAAACUCCUGAAGGUUACAAUGUGCUACUGUACAGACUUAAAGAUCCAGAUCCAAAUAAGUUCAUUUUCCAAGAAGGCCUGAGAGGGUUCUUAUCAUUCAAUGAUGUCAGAAUAUCAGAGGACGGUCUUUGCCCAGGGUACAUUGUUAUAUUUGACAUGAAAGGUUGUUCUAUGGGCCAUCUUGCCAGAGCAACUCCUUACAUGAAUUACAUUAAGGCAUUUAUGAUAUACAUCCAGGAAGGGCAUCCAGCAAGGUUGAAAGGAGUUCAUGUCAUAAAUACAGUAUGGUUUGUUGACAAAAUCUUGAACCUAGUAAAGCCUCUAAUUCAUUCAGAGGUUAUGGAGUUGUUGCAUUUUCACCAUACACUGGAUACGUUAAAAGAAUUUGUGCCUUUGGAACUUUUACCAGAAGAAUAUGGUGGAGAUAGUAAACCUACGGCUGUUAUUCAUGAAGAGCAUACUAAACUCAUGAAAGAAGAAUAUAAGGAAUGGCUUCGAGGAUGUGAUUCAUUAGUUGCUGAUCUUCAGAAAAGGCCCCAAAAAAGUAAACAAGAUAUAAUGGAAGGAUCAUUUAGAUCACUCUCAAUAGAUUAGUGAACAGAAAAAAUCAUUUUAAGUACAAAUCAAUCACAAAAUUUGAUAUUUUGGAUAAAUCCAUCCAUUAAAUAAACACAAGUCUCUUUAAAAGUAUUACUAAUAAAGAGUGAUUUUGUAAAUAUUACAGAAAAUUUGCAAAACAUCACUGUGUACCUCACAUAAAAAAAACUAUGUAUAUAAUGUUUUUAUUUAAAAAUUAUUUUAUUUUAUUAAUCAAUAAAAUAUUAAUAUAUGCUACUUUUAUCGAAGAUUGUUGAACAUAUUCUUUAUUUAAAUUAUAUUUUUCAAGCUAUUGAAAUCAUAAUUGACAAUAAAAGGAACUUUGCACACUAUAAUGUAUUGUAUUAUAUUCAUUUUAAAAUAUAGUUAUUUUUUUAAAGAUACUCAGUCAAUGUUUUUAUUUCAAUUUUCAAUAUACCCUAUCUAUAAUAUCCUGAAGUUUUACCAGACCCAUCAGCUGCUGAUGCAACAAAUAUGCUGGGGCUUCGGAAUUGAAUGGCGGCUGCAGGAAACCGGGACAAUUAGAGGAGGCUGUUGAAGGAGGCCAAGAUUCGACAUCGGAUUGUAGAGCCACACUAAUAAUAAUAAUAAUAUCCUGCAAUCCUGAUAAAUUCUUAACAAGAACAAAACAUGCAAACAGCAAUAAAUAUAAACUUUUUGAUAUAAUCUGGUUAUAGACUAGAAAAUAUUGUUAUAUUGUAUUUAUAUUCAGUGCAGAUUAUUCUUAAUGGAGUGAUAUACCCUUAACAUCCUGUCGUAUACAUACUAUAAAUAAUACUGGGUUACUCUAAGCCAUAGUUAGUAGUAUAAAGUGUUUAGCAUAUAUAAUUAUUAAAUCGGUCAGAAAAAAGUUAUACAUAAAAAACUACAAUUUAACAGCUCCAAGAGUUAAAUUUCAUUUUCAAUCAAAUUUUAUAAUUUGAAGAUAAUUCGUAAAAGCUGGAAGUAUGAUUAACAUCAUGUCAUAUAUCCAUUGACGUAAAAACUAACAUCUAAUUUAAAAAAAAAAAACAAACAAUUAUUUGAAAUAUGAAAAAUAUAUGACUUCUAGGCCUAAAUAUGCACUUUAAUACAAUUUUGGAAAAAUAUUUGAUAACAAAUUUACCAAAAUUUUUAGAAUGACUUGUUUAAUUACGUUAUUACUUCACGUUUCUGAGAAAAUUAUGAAAACAAUACAUUUAUAUAAAAAUUCGGAGCUUUUAUCUAUUGUUAUUUCUAGUCCACAAUGGUUAAAUUAUACACAUAUUUUUUAGUAUUUCGUUUAAUCCAAUGAAUUUUUAAAUUUUAUAAAACCUAUUAAAAUUUAAAAUACUUAUAAAAUUAUAUACAUAUUUAUUGUAAUGCUUGUAAUCUUACAAAUUUAAUUAAUUUCACAACACCUAUUUUAAUUCAAAUCAUGGCAAAGUUUAAUUGUUGAUAUUAAUAAAAUUCAAGUUAAUAAUAACCAGGAAUGGAAUAUAACAAUUACAUUAGAGAUUGAUCAUUUCAACAUUAAUUUAUUUUAAAAACAUUUUACCAUAAAUAAAAUGUAUAGAUUAAUUAUUAUAUUAAAUAACAACAUAAAUUAAAAUUUUAAAUAAAAACAGAUUUAUAAUAUAGUAUAUAUUAUGAAUCAAAUAUUAAUAUUCAUAAUUUUUAUUUAAUACAAAUAAUAACAAUAAUAAGUAUUAAAUACAAUUUUUGGUAAGCAAAUUUCAGCUGACACUCAAGAAAAUAAACAGACACCUCCAAUCUAUAGGUGCGCCCGCAACCAAGUGAAAAGAAAUAUACCAAGUAUUAAUUAUAUAAUAUCAUAAAUUUAUGUUGGCCAGGAGAAAUAAAAUUAUCAUGUGAAAGCAAAAUGCUAGAAUGAAUAGAUUCAAGUAGGACUGUAAUCAGCUGCACUAUAAAUAAGAAUGCUCCAUGUUCAGAUAUCAUUAAUAACCAGAAAAAUAAUCGUGAUAACAUCCACAUUAUUAUUAUUAAUGUAUGCAACAGAGAAUAGCUUAAAAAAAAUUAUGUAAAAUAUUAUUGUAGUAUAUAACACCAUUCAGAGAUGGACAAAAUCGAAAUCAAUGAUUACAUAGUUAAACUAAAAAUAAUACUUAAUGCCCAUACUUUUGGUACCUAAAUCAAUAGCUCUAUAAAUAUAGCUAAACUGUGACACAAUAACCUGCUUACAAUCAUAAUCGGAAAUCUGAUCGCUGUAAUCACAUAAUAAAGAUUACUCUUAUCGUAAUCCUAUAACCAAGAUUACUACAAUCGUAAUAGUUGACUAUGAUUAUGUCCAUUUAAUAAUAAUAAUAAUUAUUAUUAUUAUUGCAGUAUAUUUGCGCUUAAGAUGAUGGUAAGAAAUUUACUAGGUAUCACUGAGACCGGAAAAACAAUUUCACUACUUCAAAAAAAUUUAUAUUUAAGACCUUUUGGCUGUCAGCCCAUCAUCAGUUGGUUUGUUGGUAUAAAAAGGGAAUUGUUGUUACUCAAGUUUCAGGAAUCCCUAAUAAACCAUUUUUUAUAUUGAGAAAUGCACAACCUUUAAACAUGUUUUGAGACUAUUCAUCAAGCAAUAGUAAUCCUCAAGACCAUUAUUUAUCCAUGUUCUUGUUCAUAAAACUAAUAAAUGAAAUGCACUGAAAAAAAAAAAGAAAAAACGAGCAACAAAGAAUUUUCUAAGGAAAUAAUUAAACUUAGAAAAUUGUCAAAACAUUCUCUGCAACAACACUGUGUUGUUUUGUAAAAGGAAUGUCGAAUAAACAAAGAAGCUAAUAAUUCAUAGAAGCAUAAACCCCGAAUUAUGGGCUUUGGAUGGUAAAAAGAGUUUCUGUAAAAGUUAGAAUGACAAUUAAAACCGUUAUCAACCAAGAGUCAAAAUACAUGCUUGGGCGGGUGCCUAAGUGGACUGAGAUUCGAUUUUUGUACCAAGAGGCAACCAAAUGAAUAAAAACUUAAGUACAUUAAAAAAGAAAACUGUUUUCUAUGAAAGGAGUUUUGAUUGAAUACAAUUUCCAACAAAAUAAUAUGAAAUAACAAGGUUAAUCAAUAGUGAAAUGCUUAGAAAAAUAAUGAUAUAAAAUUUCUAGCAUGAUGCUUACUAAUAAUCAGGUAAAAAUAAGACUUUGAAUAUUCCAACCAUUACUCCAAAUCUACUAGUUACUUGUUAAUAAUUAUUUUUUAAAAAAUAUAAUACUAAAUAAAGUAUUAUUUUUACCAUCAAACUAUUUCCAUAAAAUUUAUUACUAAAAAUACAAAUUUAUUUUCUUUUACAACUGAUGAAAUUCUCAUUUGUUUACCAAUGAUACCACAUGAAUAUUGUCAUAGAAGGUAAUAUUAUUUUGACUUAUCACAGAAGUACUAUAAUUGUGGUACUUUGUAAUAACUCCAAAAAGCUUCAUUUACAUAAAUAAACAUCUAUAAAUUUAUGUGAUUAAAAAAAGAACUCAACUAAAACUAAUUGUAUCACUUCAAAUAAAUGAACCUAUACCUUUUAAUCAUUAUUAUUUAAAAUUUACAUUUCCCAGCCCCAACACUAAAAACAUCUUUUUUAAUAUUUCAUAUAAAAAAAUUGAAUUAAUAAAAAUAAAAACAAAUGAUCAAUUCAGUACAACUAGUAUUUAUUAAUUAUCAUUAAUUCACUAUUUAUUACUUCGAUAAAAUAUUGAUAAUAUAACAUUCAUAAAUCCAACUUUACUAAUGAUGUAAAUAACCAUGAAAUAAACUAAAUCAAAAGUAACAAUUGUAAAUCAAUGAUGAAAAAUAAACACAUCUUUAUGAAUGACUAUAACCAAAAAAAAAAAAAAAAAAAUUGUUCUGAAUAUUCAUAAAACUAAUAUGACUGACAGACUUGAUGCUUCUUAAACUAAGUACAUUUAAGAAUAAAUGCUAUACAAGGAAUGUAUAGUAUUGAAAAGGAUCCAAGAAAACAAUACUGCUUUAAGUUAUUCUAUUUAAUAAACGAUUUUCAUAAUUAAUAAAGAAUAAGGCAUGGUGUGACACAAAAUAUAACUACUUGUCUCAUAUAUACAUAUUUAGUGAUGUAAACUUUCACCACAUUUUGACAAACAUGAACAACAUUGACAUAAAAAAAUGUACAAAACAAGGAAUUCAAUAAAAUCAGAUACUCAUCAACAAAUACACUCACUUUAUCAAAUAUUCAUCAUAAUAGUCUUCAUUUUACAACCAAGAAUGGAAUUGAAAUUAAAAUGGUUUUUGUUACUAAAGAAACUAAACAAAACCAAUUUGGAAUAAAGUCAUAUCAAUAUUUGUUGUAUUAAAAUUUAUAUUUUACUACAAUAGUACCUAACACAGCAACAGCGAAACUAACAGCUGCAACCAAUGUAAAUGUUUUAUAAUUACUUUUAGAAUCUUUCUUUUUAGAUUCUUCAUCAGGCUGGUUACUACUAUUUCCCAUCAUUUUUUUGUAUAGUUCACGUUGUUUCGAAUUGACUUUCCGCUGGGCAGCCAUAAGAGAAGAAAGUUCCUGUUGUAGAGCUUGUGAAUCGGGUUCAUGAGAUAAAGCCAGCUUGAUAACAUUUAUACUUUCCUGUAAUUCUCCUUUUUCUUUUAGAAUCUUUGCUUUUCUGAAUAAAGCUUUAACAUUUGUAGGUUGUGCAGUCAAAACAUUAUUCACAGACAUUAAUGCAGCAUCAAAUGCUGAAACUUUCAUCUGAGCAGCACCUAGAUUGUUGUAAGUUUUUAGACGUUCUUCUAACAGUUUAUGUACAUCUUCCUCAUUAUGUGGCUCUGGGAUGUCAGUGUCAUCUAAAUAAUCUAAGGCUCUACGAUAACAAUUAAUAGCUAACGUAUUUUCAUCUCGUGAAUACCACCAAUUUCCACGCUCUUUUUUCUUAAGGCCACUCUUAAUCCUAUCCAUAACAUUCAGUGUAUGGAUUGGAGGUUCUUCUUUAACAUCCAACAAGGUAACAGUAUAAAUCAGAUUAGCACCAGGUGGAAUUUCAGGUCUUUUACCUAAUGAACCAUAACCAAAUCUGGGAGUUAUUUUGAUUUCAGCAACCUCACCUUUAUCCAUUAAUGCCAAAGCAAAAUCUAAACCUUGAAUUACUUCAUUGUCACUAUGAUUAAUUUCUAAAUUUUCAUGUCGUUCGACAACAGUUCCAUCUUCUAAGCACCCAACUAUAUUUAAAACGCAAAUAUCAGACUUUUGGGGUCUUGAAUUUGGUAAACCAGGUGUUAAUACUUUCUUCAUCAAGUGACCACUUCCUAAAAUAUCCAUCCAUUCUUCUUCAGGAUCUGCGGUUGCUUUACUAGAAGAUUCUUCAGCUUUAGAAACGUUGUUUUCACCUAGAUUUUCAUUUGAAAUUUCCAUUCUAUCAGUAUGUGUUUUGUUCUGAUCAAUCUCCGUCGACGUAGAGACACUCUCUGUGGUUUCACUUUCAGUAACAAGUGUAGUGUUUUCAAGUUUCUUCGGAUUGUCUUUUUCUCCAAGAUUACCAUUUUCUUUUUCUAGAUGAUCAAGAGAUUCAUCAUCGGCACUGGUAUCUCCAUUAAUAGUACAUAAAUUGACCUCUUCUUUAUCCUUCAAAGUAGAAGUAGAUUUUACUUCAGAUUUCUCAACAUUAAUUGAACUUGAAGUAGAUUCGGCAUUAAUUAGAUAAGUGGAGGAAUCCAAAUCACUGUAAUUGAUUUCAAGUGGAUCUGACUUGCUGUGUUCAACUAAAUUUUGAUGAGAUAUAUUUUCUGAAAGUUUAUGUUCAUCUAUAAUAUGUCCUUCACUUUUAACAAAAUCAUCUGAUCCUCUUGUCAAUGUCUCCACAUCUUUUUCUAGUGAUUGAUGUAAACUAUCUUUCAUUGGCUCAGUAUUUAUUUCAGGCUUGGAUGAUUCAGCGAAAGUUUCAUUAGUAUCUACAUUUUCCAUUGUUCACUGCCGGUUAAUUUCCUACAAAGAAUUGAGUUAAACUGAUAACGUGAGAGACAACACUUGACUAACCUUAACUUUCCCGGAUGAAACCUACCAUGUAACUGCCUUUUCACGUUCCAAUUCAGUGGAGUCAGCCUGAUAAUGAUAAGAACAUUUCUUCAAUUUGAAGGGAGUUUUUGGCAGGUUGUGAAACUCAACAGAAUUUUUUUUUUAUGUUUUCCCAUAGUUAAUAAGCGUGUAUUUGUAAAGUCAGAAAAAGUAAUACAUAGUCUA